CAGCCUAACAGAGGGGAAUGAGUUCUCCAACAUGGAACCUGAUACUGAGCGUUUAGAGCAAAUGGCAACAAUGGGGAAUAAAUCGCCAUAUUGCAUAUUCUGCUGCCUACCACCUUAACUGGUCCUCAUUUUGUAGGUCAGUUGCUUCUCUUGGAAGCUGUAUACCCAGGAGGAGGGAGCAUUUCUGUAGGGUUGUAGCUUAGAGCAGGAAGAGCUCAGGCUGCCAGACUGGGUUACUACUUCUGAGUUUCCCAAGGCCUGUCCUGUGACUUUCAUGGGAAGCUCUGCCAGGCCCCACCCAAAGGGCUUCUGCAUGCUUAGACUUCACAGGUCUGAGGUGGGUAUCCUGCUGCCAUACAGGGAGAUGGCCCUGGAGGAAGGCGCUAUCACCUCUGCUGGGCAAGGACUUGGCCCUGGUCAUUGUGAUGUCAGAAAGGGCGGGGCAGGGUGGGAAGUACAAGGUUAUCAAGCACUUGUAGCUAGUGGCUACAAGAAAGAUUCCAGCACCUUUGGUUGGAAGCUUAGUGGCCUAGGUCCUGGUGACCAAGCCUGGUAUCAUUAUGUUUGUACUUUGUUUCUGGGUUACAGGGCUCUUUGUGUGGCCGCAGUUGUGGCUACUGGGCCUAAUGGCUCCACUUCCGGAGUGGGCCCAAAAGCCAGUCCACCUGAACGCGGAGCCCCUGCAGCCCAAUUUUUUGUUUUUUCCCUACAAGUCUCCCCCAAAGAAAUCGCUGCAUGACCUUACUGCCCCCACGGAGCUGGGGGGAUUCGAGUAUCUUGGGUCCUUUGUGCGUAGAGACGUGUUGCUUCCACGUAAAGAGUCUACGGGAGAGCUGUGGCCAGAUGAGUUUGCUGCUCCACAUCAGGGUCUGCAGGACCUGUUUGCCGGCCAAGAGAGGCUCUCUGAGGCGGAUUCAGGUAGGGAUCAGAACCAAGCUGUAGCUUUGCCUCCUCGACGCAAAAGGAAGACUGAGACCUCUGUUCUAGAGCAGGCUACAGACCACGAACCUCUUUUACUUGUUCCACCUCCACUGAGUAAGAGUUCAAUGGCAUCACAGUUUGUUUCACCCCUGAACCUGAAGAAGGAUCCAGCUCAGCAUUGGCAGAUUGCUGAGGAGGUCUCUAGAAGUCUUUAUCAAUGGGCAAAACCUAAGUGGCAGAAAGAAAGAAGCAUUACCAUCAGCCCCGAACUCACCACAGAGCCUGUCCCUUCUGUGGGCCCGCAGGAUACUAUCGUUUCUCCUCUGAAACACCCUGAGGUGACACUUGCACAUCCAGAGCUGAGGCAGGCUCAGUGGCCCAACCUGAAUCCUAGCAUGAUUCCACCAUUGAACCUUAAAUAUGCCAGAACUUUUCUACCUACUUCAGGGGUCCAAUUUUCCCCAACUUUGCAGGAGACCCCAUCUCAGCCUCCAGAACCAUCUAUGGAGGCUAUAGCUGAACCUACAGAACCACAUGAGAUGGCAAACCCAGCACCAUCAGUUCAGGACUCAGUUCAGCCUCCGGCAUCACCCAGUGUCUCAGUAUCACCACUGAAUAUGGGCUUUACCAUCAGCCCUGAGCCGACCACAGAGGCUGACCAUUCUGUAGCCCUGCAGGAUGCGACACUGAAACAUCCAGACCAGGGGCAGGCUCAGCGGCCAAAUCUGAAUCCUGGUACGAUUCCACCUUUGAACCUGAAAUAUUCCCGAACUUUUCUACCUACCUCAGGAGUUCAACUUUCUCUGACUUUGCAGAAGACCCCAUCUCAGCCUCCAGAGCCAUCUAUGGAGGUUGUAGCUCAACCUGCAGAACCACAUGAGAUGGCAAACCCAGCACCAUCAGGUCAGGACUCAGUUCAGCCUCCGGCAUCACCCAGUGUCUCAGUAUCACCACUGAAUAUGGGCUUUACCAUCAGCCCUGAGCUGACCACAAAGGCUGACCGUUCUGUGGCCCUGCAGGAUGCGACACUGAAACAUCUAGACCUGGGGCAGGCUCAGCAGCCCAACCUGAAUCCUGGCAUGAUUUCACGUUUGAACCUGAAAUAUUCCCGAACUUUUCUACCUACCUCAGGAGUCCGACUUUCUCCGACUUUGCAGAAGACCCCAUCUCAGCCUCCAGAGCCAUCUAUGGAGGUUGUAGCUCAACCUGCAAAACCACAUGAGAUGGCAAACCCAGCACCAUCAGGUCAGGACUCAGCUCAGCCUCCAGCAUCACCCAGUGUCUCAGUAUCACCACUGAAUAUGGGCUUUACCAUCAGCCCUGAGCUGACCACAGAGGCUGACCGUUCUGUGACCCUGCAGGAUGUGACACUGAAACAUCCAGACCUGGGGCAGGCUCAGCGGCCAAAUCUGAAUCCUGGUACGAUUCCACCUUUGAACCUGAAAUAUUCCCGAACUUUUCUACCUACCUCAGGAGUCCGACUUUCUCCGACUUUGCAGAAGACCCCAUCUCAGCCUCCAGAGCCAUCUAUGGAGGUUGUAGCUCAACCUGCAGAACCACAUGAGAUGGCAAACCCAGCACCAUCAGGUCAGGACUCAGCUCAGCCUCCAGCAUCACCCAGUGUCUCAGUAUCACCACUGAAUAUGGGCUUUACCAUCAGCCCUGAGCUGACCACAGAGGCUGACCGUUCUGUGGCCCUGCAGGAUGUGACACUGAAACAUCCAGACCUGGGGCAGGCUCAGAGGCCCAACGUGAAUCCUGGCAUGAUUCCACGUUUGAACCUUAAAUAUUCCCGAACUUUUCUACCUACCUCAGGAGUCCGACUUUCUCCGACUUUGCAGAAGACCCCAUCUCAGCCUCCAGAGCCAUCUAUGGAGGUUGUAGCUCAACCUGCAGAACCACAUGAGAUGGCAAACCCAGCACCAUCAGGUCAGGACUCAGUUCAGCCUCCGGCAUCACCCAGUGUCUCAGUAUCACCACUGAAUAUGGGCUUUACCAUCAGCCCUGAGCCGACCACAGAGGCUGACCGUUCUGUGACCCUGCAGGAUGUGACACUGAAACAUCCAGACCUUGGGCAGGCUCAGCGGCCAAAUCUGAAUCCUGGUACAAUUCCACCUUUGAACCUGAAAUAUUCCCGAACUUUUCUACCUACCUCAGGAGUCUGACUUUCUCCGACUUUGCAGAAGACCCCAUCUCAGCCUCCAGAGCCAUCUAUGGAGGUUGUAGCUCAACCUGCAGAACCACAUGAGAUGGCAAACCCAGCACCAUCAGGUCAGGACUCAGUUCAGCCUCCGGCAUCACCCAGUGUCUCAGUAUCACCACUGAAUAUGGGCUUUACCAUCAGCCCUGAGCCAACCACAAAGGCUGACCGUUCUGUGGCCCUGCAGGAUGUGACACUGAAACAUCCAGACCUGGGGCAGGCUCAGAGGCCCAAUGUGAAUCCUGGCAUGAUUCCACGUUUGCACCUGAAAUAUUCCCGAACUUUUCUACCUACCUCCGGAGUCCGACUUUCUCUGACUUUGCAGAAGACCCCAUCUCAGCCUCCAGAGCCAUCUAUGGAGGUUGUAGCUCAACCUGCAGAACCACAUGAGAUGGCAAACCCAGCACCAUCAGGUCAGGACUCAGCUCAGCCUCCAGCAUUACCCAGUGUCACGGCACCACCACUGCAUACGAGCCUUACUGUAAGUCCUGAAGUCAGUGCAGAGGCAGAACAGUCUGUGGCCCUGCAGAAAGCUUCUCCUGCUCUGAAGCAGCCCAAGGUGAUGCUUGCCCAUGAGGACCAGGGGCAGGCUCAGCAGCCCAACCUGACUCCUG